AGUAUCCACAUUGUGGGAGUGGGUGAAGCAUUGAAGUUAUUAUUGGUGGUAACUGGUAUAGCCGUGGUAGGUCUGAUUCUGUCGUUGGGUGGUUCAAUUGCGAAUUUUGAUGGUGCUAAUUUGCGGACUUCUUCAGCUGAGUUCCUGAAUGUAUGGAGCUCUAUACCAUGGGCCACUUGGUUCUUUCUGGCGAUUGAAGGUGUGCCUCUGGCUGCGGAGGAAGCAUUAGUACCGGAGCGUGAUGUGCCACGUGGUUUAUGUGUAAGCUGGAUGGUACUGUUCGGGUUUGGUUUGUCCACAACCAUUUGUAUUACAGGUUCUAUGGGUGAAGUUGAUGCCAGUAUAUCAGAUAGUCCAUUGGUAGAUAGUGUACCGACACGGACUUUAGCGUCUAUAGUUAAUGUUGUCGGGCUCUUCGGAUUGCUAGCCUCUUUCUUUUCUGUGAUAUACGGAUACUCACGUCUAAUUUUCGCACUUGCUCGUGCCCGUUUCGUGCCCAAGUUAUUAGAGACUACUAACGAACGACACUCCCCAUGGGUCGCACUCAUCGUGCCCGGGGUUGUCGGCUACGCUCUUACCUUUGUCGCCAGCGGAAGUGACUUAUUACAAGCCGCCGUAUGUGCCGCUGCUAUUUCUUAUACCCUAGUCCUUACUUCCUUCAUCGUCCUCCGAAUCACCCAACCUCAACUAAGGCGUCCCUACCGUGUCAAAUGCGGCCUUGCAUGGGCAUCCCUCUCGCUCAUCCUCUCCCUCGUCAUCCUCGCAGCAGCCUUCAUCUCAAACUGGGUCGUCUCUGUCGCUGUCCUUGGCCUCUUCGCUCUAGCUGCACUCUACUACGCUUUCUACGCACGACAUAAAGUCGACAAAGAAAAUCAAACCGUCAUAACAACAGUCCACCGCCAUAACCUAACCGGCCAUAACCUACCCACCGACGACCUGACCACCGACGACCUGACCACUGACGAUCGAUACACUUACACCUGCCAUCAUACAACCAGCCAUCAUACAACCAGCCAUCAUACAACCAGCCAUCAUACAAUCAGCCAUCAUACAACCAGCCACACCACUAGCUACCUGUCCGUGGACAAUUCCAACAUCUCCGAACUCAUCACACCACCGGAGACUACUGCAAACUGUUUGGACGAUAUCAAACACCACCUCGCAUACCAUGAACCCAUUCACGGCAGCUCGACGAGUACCUCUUCCACUUCACUGUGCACCAUUCCGGUUCACUAA